AUGCUAUUAAGGAUAACAAUUCUAUUAUAUCUAUUUGAAUGUGUACCUGCGGAAGAGAAAGGAAGCGAAUUUGAACAAGAUGAUGGCAUUUUUGUACUGAAUGAGGAAAAUUUCAUGUCUUUCCUUCAGCAACAUCCAACAUCACUAGUUAAAUUUUAUGCUCCAUGGUGUGGUCACUGCAAAGCACUGGCGCCAGAAUAUGCAAAAGCUGCGAAGAAAUUGAAGAUACCUUUAGCUAAAGUAGAUGCAACCGUCGAGAAAAAACUUGCAGAGGCUUAUAACAUACAAGGAUUUCCAACACUAAAAUUUUGGCAAAAUGGUGAAGAUCCAAUCGAUUAUGAUGGUGGACGAGAAUCUGACGAUAUUGUACAAUGGGUUUCGGAGAAAACAGAUCCUACUUAUAAGCCACCUCCAUCAUCUGUUACAAAGCUAACGAAAGAAGAAUUUACUGAAUUUAUCACCACACAUCGACUCACUUUAGUUAAAUUCUAUGCGCCAUGGUGUGGUCAUUGUAAGAAACUCGCACCUGAAUAUGAAAAAGCUGCAAAAAAACUUAAAGGUUCAGAUAUAAUUCUUGCAGAAGUGGAUUCUACAGUUGAGAAGAGUUUAACUGCAGAAUUUGAUGUUAGUGGCUACCCAACACUAUACAUCUUCCGAAAUGGAAAGAAGUUUGAUUACAAAGGACCCCGUGAUGCAGAAGGUAUUGUGAAAUAUAUGCUUGAACAAGCUGAACCUGCUUUAAAGGAAAUUACCAGUGUCAAGGAGGCUCAGAAUUUUAUGCGCAAAGACGAUGUAACAAUCGUUGGCUUUUUUAGUGAUGGAAAGGCAGAGCUACUGGAUUCUUUAAAUGACGCAGCUGAAUUGUUGCGAGAUGACUUCACUAUUGCUGUAUGUUCGGAAUUAGAUGUCAAAAAACAUUUUAAAAUUGAUUCUGAUCGAAUUGUUAUUUUUUACCCUGAGAUAUACUGGAGCAAAUACGAACCGAAGCACAUUGUUUAUGGAAAGGAAAUCGGUACUGUGGAGGACUUGGUGACAUUCUUUCAAGAAAAUUCGACACCUCUUGUGGGUCACAGGACAAAAAAAAAUGUUGCCACUAGAUACACUCAAUUCCCUCUCGUUGUAGUUUAUUACAAUGUUGAUUUUUCAAUAGAAUAUCGUGAAGGAACACAGUAUUGGCGAAAAAAGGUGUUAGAAAUUGCGAGUCAAUACAGGAAGGAUAACUAUUAUUUUGCAAUUUCAGACGAAGAUGAAUUUGCAGAUGAGCUUACAGCGGUAGGAUUGGGUGACAGUGGACUUGAACAUAACGUUUUAGUCUUCGGUUACGACGGUAAAAAGUAUCCAAUGCGUCCAGAUGAAUUCGAUGAUGAAUUAGCUGAGAAUUUACCAGCUUUCAUGAAAAAAUUAUCGUCAGGCAAAAUAAAACCGUUUGUGAAAUCUGCACCAUUGCCGAAAGAAGAGAAGGGUCCAGUGAAAACUGUGGCUGCAUCAAAUUUCGCGCAGGUCGUGUUUGAUGAAACGAAGGAUGUACUGGUGGAAUUUUAUGCACCAUGGUGCGGGCAUUGCAAGGCAUUUGAGCCAAAAUACAAGGAAUUAGCAGUGAAAAUGAAAAAGGAACCAAAUUUGUUACUUGCAAAAAUGGAUGUAACAGCCAAUGAUAUUCCCAAGAAUUAUGAUGUGAGCGGUUUUCCAACAAUUUAUUUUGCACCAGCUGGUAAGAAGGAAGAACCGAUCAAAUACGAAGGAAAUCGUGAUUUAAAUGACCUCAUCGAUUUCAUGAAAAAGCAUGCUUCUGUUUCAUUUUUGGGCAAGACCGAAUUAUAG